UAAGGCGCGCGAGCCGGGAAGUGAACGAGGACUGACUCCUGUCGCUUCCCGUAGCCGCCCACGGACGCCAGAGCCGGGAACACUGACAGCACUUAGCUGCUGACAAACAACUUGCUCCGUGGAGCGCCUGAAACACCAGUCUUUGGGGCCAGUGCCUCAGUUUCAAUCCAAGUAACCUUUAAAUGAAACUUGCCUAAAAUCUUAGGUCAUACACAGAAGAGACUCCAAUCGACAAGAAGCUGGAAAAGAAUGAUGUUGUCCUUAAACAACCUACAGAAUAUCAUCUAUAACCCGGUAAUCCCGUAUGUUGGCACCAUUCCUGAUCAGCUGGAUCCUGGAAGUUUGAUUGUGAUACGUGGGCAUGUUCCUAGUGACGCGGACAGAUUCCAGGUGGAUCUGCAGAAUGGCAGCAGCGUGAAACCUUGAGCCUGCCCAGGGCUGGCUGGGGUGGAGGAGGGUCUGGCAAGUUCCAGGCUGUUUGCAAUUCCCCAACACCCUUCUCCCUUGGGCUCCAGAGCUGUACACGCCGGCAACCUACCAGCUAACUGAAGAGGGCACCUUUAAGGUGGUGGAUGAAGAGGCCAUGGAGAAGGUGCCCUGGAUCCCACUGGACCCCUUGGCGCCAGACCUAGCACGGUACCCUAGUUACAGUCAGGCCCAGGCCCUUCGCUGCAUGGUGCGGGCCGGUGAGAUGCUCUAUCUGCCGGCUCUGUGGUUCCACCACGUCCAGCAGUCCCAGGGCUGCAUCGCAGUGAAUUUCUGGUAUGACAUGGAAUACGACCUCAAGUAUAGUUACUUCCAGCUGCUCGACUCCCUCACCAAGGCUUCAGGCCUUGACUGAUGGAGCACUGGUGAACACGACCGAGCACGCCUCGGGGGACGGGGCCAGCCCCUCCCUGGCCGGGUCAAUUCUCGAGAGAGCCUGGAGUGUGCAUGCUGGCUGCUGGCCCCGGGUCCAGCAUGGCUUGACAUCAGCUUUGGAGGAUCUUGGAAUGUGGUCAUAAGGACUCAAGGUGCCAGGCAGGUCUGGGUGAGGGUUCUCAGGAAGUUGCCACACAGGUGAGCAGAGUGGGGAUCAGGUGCAGCGGCACCUCUCCCCAGCGCUGUGAUGUUGGGCGAGUCAGUGCGUCUCGGGCAUUGGUGUCCUGUCAGUAAAGAGAUAAUAAUGGCUGUACCUCGCGGGGCUGUUGUGGGCUUGGAGAUGAUGUCUAUGAGGACCAGCAUGGAGCUGGCACACAGGACGUGUUGAAUAAAAGGUAGCUGUGA